AUGGCUAGACGUCAUGUUCCGGUCGUUCGAGACUACAACAUCUCUCGCGAGGACAGCCUGAGUAGCGACGGCUUUGAGGAGUUGGGACCUCGCAGCAUGCUACCCAACUCGCGACAUGUCAGAUACGUCGUCGAUGGCGAGGUUCCUGAUGUUUUGUAUACUCUCAAUCAUGUUGGUGUCAAUCGGCGUUUCCUUGGGCGCUUGCGAAGCUCUAAGCCGUUCCAGAACGUGACCACCUACGAAAUCAGACAACAUGAGACUGACGAGGACGGCGAGCUUGUCAAGAAGCCUAUUUUCGAGAUUGUCACCACCGUGUGCAUUGAGGGCAGACCUGAUGAUCACAGACGCAUGGUUCAUCCUCGUCGAGCAGCCCCUCAGAUAGAUCGGCCCCUGACGGCUGCCUUUGAAAAUGUCGAUUACCGAAGUGACGGCUAUUAUACCGAUGAAGAGCAGUAUGUUGAUCCGGCUGGAUCUCCUGUAGCUGAUGCUCCUCUCAUGGUUAUCUACUCGGAGCAUCUCAUCAAUGCGCUUAGAGCUGUCGUUAGAUACUACCCGACCGUCUCUCUCAACGGGAAAACAGUUAGUAUCAGCGCACCCUACCGCAUGCUGUAUCACCACCGCCACGAGCUUCUUGAGUAUCGCGAUAACCAGCCCGAGGCGCAUAGUGUCGAGUAUGCUGGUACCACAGUCAAGCAUAUCGACACUCUUCUCAAGUUCCUUGAUGAAAGUCUUGGAGAUGAGAUUACCAAGGAAGAGGAGCUCCACAAGCUCGAGAGUCCUAUGGCCACUUUCCAAUACUUUUGGCUACUCUUGAAGCCAGGAAACGUCAUCUACACCAAAAAAUAUGACAUCUGGACACCUUUGGUCAUUAGCAGUGUCAGUGGUGGCAAUCGUCACCUUAAUAGUCCUGACAGCUACCGGAUUAACUGUUGGCUGCUGGAGUCCAACGGCACCAAAGUUGGCCGCUUUAUGGAGAGCUAUGUUGUCAACCCAUGGCCAGGUGAACAGGAUAUUAGCACUUUGUCAGUGGUUCCCGCAGCCUUUUGGAAAGAAGAUCUUGCUGCUCAAGGUGGCGUCGAGAUGCGUCAAAAACUCAUCGCAGAAGGCAAGCUGUACUGGGAGCUCCUCAAGCGUCCUACAUAUAUGGAAUAUGAAGGCUUGCUUGUCAACUCUGGUUCCGGCAAUAGACUGCCCGGUGGCCCAACUGGCUUCAUGAAUGGUCGUGUCAUCUGUGAUGCCUCUGGCUUCGACAAGUUCUUUGAUACCGCGCCGGACUGGGAAGGAAGACGAUAUCCUCAUCCCACCCGCCGCCGUGUAACUCAGAGUAUACCCAACAAAGACCAUCUUCCUCAGUAUUUGCCACGAUGUGGCUGCGCUGUCUGCACUGAAGAUCGACCUCAGGAGCAUAAUGGUCCGUACAAUGGAUUCGAAGACCUUGAUCCUCUCUGCGAUACCCCGCCAGACAGCGAUAUCUUCUUCCAUGUUCUCAGCAAGACAAUCCCUGGAUUCAUCCUUGGCACUCGUCGUUGGGGAAAUCUCCACGUUGCCAAUCUCAGCCCCGUCAAAGCCGACAAGGAGGCUUUCAAGUAUCUCGUCUUGGAUGAUGAUAUCAAGAUGACUGUCAAGGCCCUCAUUGGUCAGUAUUCCACUGGCGUCGACGGCCAAAUCACCCCUUGGGGCAAUGAUUUCGUCCGCAACAAGGGCGAAGGACGCAUCUUCCUCCUCCACGGCGCGCCUGGCGUUGGCAAGACUUGCACCGCUGAGUGUAUUGCCGAACUGACCAACCGGCCUCUCAUCAGUCUCACAAGCGGUGACCUGAGCGUCGAUGCGUUCCGUGUCGAGAACAACCUCAGCUACUUUCUCGAGCUGGGCCAGCGUUAUGGAGCUCUUGUCCUGCUUGAUGAAGCCGAUGUCUAUCUCGAGCGCCGGCGCGCAAAGAAUAUUUCUCGCAACGGCCUCGUCUCCGUCUUCCUCCGCGCCCUGGAGUACUACCGCGGCGUGCUCUUCCUCACCACCAACCGUGUCCGGUCUUUCGACACUGCUUUCCUCAGCCGCAUCCACGUCGCUCUACACUACAAGAACCUCAGCGACGAAGACCGCGAGCGCAUCUGGACUCACAACUUUGACCGCCUGAACCGUGACUCCCACGGCAGGAUCCGCGUCGCCACCGCAGCCCGCCAGUUUAUCUGGUCGAGCCACGAGGUCCGCGCGCUCAAGUGGAAUGGACGAGAGAUUCGCAACGCCAUGCAGACGGCGCUGGCUUUGGCCGAGAGUGAUUCCAACGAGGAAGGUCUGCCGACUAUUACUAUUGGGGAGAAGCACGUUCGUGCCGUUGUCAAGAUGAGCAAGGGUUUCAAAGACUAUAUCAAGUCUGAGAUGCCCCUGGGCUCUGAUGAUGCUGACUACGAUGGUGAUGGUGAUGAUGAUGUUGUUCAUGGAGAGGAUUUCUAA